UCGUUAGCAUAUCGCCAUCGCCACUCAUUGUGCACUUGUCUCCAGUGGCUUUUAGCACCGAAUCGUCACAAAGCGGUUGUGAAUCAACAGCAGUAGUAAGUAAAUCGUCUCGGGUAGCUUUCCACCUGCGUUCCACUCGCGAAUGUACCGAUUUACGUUGCACGUUCUUCUCGACGACCGUUCACUUUGCCUCAGAAUGGUGAGAUGGGCGACCGGUUGGUGCUGAACCCGGUUUUUAUGCGUUCGAUUUAAUCGCGGACCGACGACGACGACAACGAACACGAUGAAGACGGCUUUGCUCGCACGACUCACAUUGUAGUGUGGCGGCUUGGUGGUUUGCGGUGAUGUUAUGGUGUGUUGCUGCUGGAGAAAGGCGCUGUUCUAUCUUCGAAAAUGAUCUGCCGAUCAUCAUCGACACUUUUUGUUUAAGUCCCUUUCCAAUCCGGUUGGAAACUGGCGAUUCCGGAUUCCGCACAGCGGAAUCGGCAUCGGCGAUGAGCCUGGAAGAGGAAAAUCUUUUGGAACCACAGGAAACGAAGCCUCCGCCGGUAUCUAACGAUGAAAAGGAGACGGUCGAGGGAGCAACUAAUCUACCGCCGGAUGAUGAAACACCAAUGGAACCGGAAGAACAAAAACCCACCGCUGUGGAGCGCCUGCGACCGGCCGAGAGUGACUUCUUUAAGGAUCGCGCGUGUAUCGAGCUGGCCCGUAGCUCCUGGGAUCGGCCGAAGUUCAAACACUACCUGCAGGGAUGCCGAUGGUCACCGGACGGCACGUGCGUGCUAACGGUAGUGAACGAUGAUGGGAUGCACAUCGUGGAGCUGCCCAACGACCUGUACGACAAGGAGGAGAUCGGUGAGGACCGGCCGGUCGAUGUGCUGACCUCGGCGGUGCACGUAAAACGCGGUGCCCACGUGUACGACUAUGCCUGGUAUCCGGGCAUGAACAGUCUGCAGCCGGAAACGUGCUGCUGGAUAGCUUCGCGGCACCACGAACCGAUCCAUCUGUGGGAUGCAUUCACCGGACAGUUGCGCUGCUCGUACAAAGGUUACGAUCAGUUCGAUGAAGUGAAAUCUGCCCUAUCGGUGCACUUCUCACCGGACGAUGGUUCCACGAUCUACGGUGGUUACGUCAAGUCCAUCAAAUCCUUCGAUCUCAAUGUACCGGGCCGCGAGAAAACUUCGUGGAGCCUAAAGUCAACUGCAUCCUGCUUGACGAUCGCUCACUCGAUGCCGCAAACGAUCGUUUACGGAUCGUGGAAUCGCCACAUUUCCAUGCUCGACACACGCUCCGGCGAAAAGGUUGGUGUCUCGAAGAACCCACACAACGCCGGCGUCACCUGGGUAGGCUUUGAACCGGAUCGCGAGGAACUGUUUGUGUCCGGUGCGCGCAAAGAUUCCAAAGUGUGCCUCUGGGAUAUACGGAAUUUGACGGAACCGUUACGCGUACUGCAUCGUACGUGCGCCAACAACCAGCGGGUUCAGCUAGACUUCUCACCACGGGGCCACUGGUUGGUAAGCGGUGAUACGCGCGGGAUCCUACAGGUCUGGAAUCUACGGGAACCGGACAGUGACGGGUGCCCGAAGCAGCUCAGCUUUCCACUUCACCACGAUUCCCUCAACGGAGUGUCAUUCCAUCCUACGGCUCCCAUACUGGCCACAUCCACCGGGCAGGAACACUUCACCCUACCAGCUAGUGCCAACGACAACGAUGACGACGACGAUACCGACCAGUCCACGACAUCCGCCACUCCGCCAAAAAUCGAAAACUCACUCACCCUCUGGUGGAUCGGUAAAACGUUGCUUUCGGACGGUUGAGCGAGCGAGAGGCGACAGAGUAGGCGGCUUCGAUUCGACCACUUCGUACGCGUCAAGGGAUACGCUGUUGAUAUUGCUGUUACUUUAAUGUCCUCUGUUCCGGUUCCAACCCUGAUUGUGACCAGAUCGUCUUCUUUCCGAAACAUACAUAAACGGAACCACCCGGCGCCAUGGUACGAUUAAAUAUUCUCUCUUUUUUUCCAUGGUUCAUAUGUACAACGAGAAGAGAAAUAACAAAUUUGGAUUAAUAAAGUGGAAACGCACGGCUAA